ACAUAACCUAAAUGUUCCUUAGGAACGUAGGAUCGUCAUUGUUGAAAUCAGUUGAAACAAGUUGAAAUAAAUGUUUAUAAAGUAUAAAAUAAGUUAAUUUACAAAUUCUAAUCAUGUCGGUUAUGUUAACAGCCGAUUGGUUUUCACUUGGAAAUGAUGCAUAUUUCAGGAAAUUUGAACUUUAUCCAUUAUCAUUUUAUAAUGAAGCAAAUGCUAAUCAUUUAAUAGUAGCAGCACCUUAUGGAGGGUCCAUAGCGAUAACAAGAAAUCCGAAGAAAUUGGUUAAAGUUCAAGGAGCCGGAAAACCAGUAAUACUGUUUUAUUCGUCGUCUGGGAGAAUUAUGGCUAAACUACAAUGGACUAGUGGACAAUUAGUAACAUUAGGAUGGUCGCAUCAAGAGGAAUUACUCUGCAUUCAGGAGGAUGGAAUGGUUCUUAUUUACGACAUGUUUGGCAAUUAUCAACACGCGUUUAGCAUGGGAAAUGAAGCAAAGCAGACAAAAGUAAUUGAUGCGAAAUUUUUUGUCAGUGUUAACGGCACUGGUUUAGCAAUUUUAACGUCUACAAGUCGUAUUUUUUUGGUGAACAAUGUCAGUGAGCCGAAAGUUCGACAAUUGGAAAUUCCUAAACUUGGCGGUCCAAUUGAAUGGUGUAUUAUGCGAAAGGAUAGAGACAGUCAAGUUAUUAUUUCAAAUCAAGAAGGAAUUCAAGAGAUUCAUCAGAAUCAAACGACAAUUACAACAGCUUUCAGUAAACUCUUCAGCAAUAAAAUAUCCAGCAUAGUGGCAAUAGUUGCUUCCGGUAACAAUAGACACAUCGCUUUAUAUUCCGACACUGGACAUUUGUAUCUUGGUUCAGUUGACUUUAAAGACAAAUAUUGCGAGUGUUCAACAAACAUGAAGGAGACUUUAACGGACAUUGCAUGGUGUGGAACGGAGGCUGUCGUUUGCAACUGGGACUCAACGGUAAUGAUAAUUGGCCGUUCGGGCGAAACAAUGGUUUACACUUACGACGGUCCAGUUCAUCUCGUGACGGAAAUCGACGGAGUGCGAAUUAUUUCCAGUUUCUCACAUGAAAUGAUACAGAAAGUACCGAACGUGGUGCAAAAAAUAUUUAGAAUUAAUUCAACGGACGCUGCAUCGUAUUUAUUGGAGGCUUCAAAACAAUUUCAUAAAAAGAGUCACAAGGCCGAUAGCUACAUGGAUUUAGUUAAAGAAAAACUUGAUCAUGCCGUGAUUGAUUGUGUCGACGCCUCGAGCCAUGAAUUUAAUUUCGAAACACAAAAACUACUAAUGCGAGCAGCAAAAUAUGGAAAAGGAUUCAGUAAGACCAUUAAUCCCGAGCAUUAUGUCAGUAUGUGUCGAACUUUGAGAAUUUUAAAUGCAGUUCGUCAUCCGAAUAUUGGAAUUCCUUUGACGUAUACGCAAUUAAACGCACUAACGAGUCAGGUAUUACUCGACAGAUUAGUUGCAAGGAGACAUUAUUAUCUGAGUAUUCAAAUUGCCAGACAUCUUCGUUUGUCGGAGGUUGAUGGAGAGAGUCGAAUUUUGGCUCAAUGGGCUUGUUACAAGGUGAAGCAAACGCAACUGGAUAAGGAGCAAAUUGCAGAAGAAAUUGCUGAUAAAUUAGGUUACGCACCCGGAGUUUCCUACAGUGAAAUUGCAUUAAGAGCGGCUGAUUGUGGAAGAAAGCAAUUAGCGAUAAAAUUAAUAGAUUAUGAGCCGAGAGCUCAACUUCAAGUUCCUUUACUGCUUCGGCUUGGUGAGGAAAAGGCCGCUCUUAAUAAAGCCGUUGAAAGUGGAAAUACGGAUUUAGUUUAUACGGUUAUUCUUCAUCUCAGAGAACACAUGUCCCUAAGGGAUUUUCAGAUGGCUAUUAUGCAUUGUCCUCUUGCAAUGGCAUUGUAUAUAAAAUAUUGUCAGAGUCACAAUCGAGAAACUUUGAGAGAUAUUUACAAUCAGUAUGAUGAUUAUCAUUCACAUGCUCUCUGGUUCGUUAAGGAGAGUUAUAGACCAAAGAAUUCAGCCUCGAGGGACCCAAUGUUGCAGUCUGCUCAAGAAAAUUUUAAAUUAGCACGUAACGAUACAAAUGCAACUCUAACGGAAGAACAAAUUAAACUUUUACGUUAUCAACGCUCCUUAGAGGAGACAUUACACGAAUCAAUUGUUGGAAAACCUCUUCAUGAGACUGUUGAAAUUCUCCUUCUCCAAAAUGAAAUUAAACUCGCCGAUAAAUUGAGAUCCGAGUAUAAAAUUCCAGAUCGAAGAUAUUGGUGGUUGAGAAUACAAAGUUUAGCCAAGAAAGGCCUUUGGACUGAAAUGGAGAAAUUUUCGAAGAGCAAAAAAUCACCAAUCGGUUAUGAGCCUUUUAUAGAUGAAUGCUUAAAAUACAAAAACGAAAUCGAGGCAAAAAAGUAUUUACCUCGAGUUAAAGACGAUUUAAAAGUGAAAUAUUUAACUAAAGUAAAUAUGUUAUCAGAGGCAGCAGAAAUUGCCUUUGAACAAAAAGAUUCGGCUGCAUUGUCUUACGUUUUGGCGCACUGCGGAACAUCCGAUCGUAGAAUAGCAGAAAAAAUUAAUACCAUGAUUGUCAGCUUAACGACAAACAAAUGAUUUCCACAAAAAAUCCACAAAGUGUGAUUCCUCAAAAAUUGAAGCUUUAAAGACAACAAAUUUUCUCAUAAAUAACUCGAAAGAAAAUUUAAUUUAAAUAUAUAUUUAUAAAAAUCUAUGACACAUUAACAAAAAAAAGUGUGAUAAUUUAUCCUAAUUUAAAUUUUUUUCUGCAGAAACCAGUUUUGCAGAAACUUUAUACAUUUUUAUUUUAUCCUCUACUGUAAAAAUAUAAAAUUCCUAUAUUAUUUCUAUGAGUUAAAAUCCAACCGUUUUUGCCCCGAACAAAUUUUUACUGAAAAUCUGUUUUUUCUAUUCUGGUUUAUAUAAUUAACGAAUUAUAAUAUUUAGUACAAAAGUAGUUUACCACUUUUGUAAAUAGGAAGAAAAGAAGGUUCAAAGUCUUCAUCUUGACAUUUUAGCAUCGAGAAUAAAUUUAUCAUGUUUCUCAACAA